AUGGCCACUCCAUCAAACAAGGCUGACAUACCUUUGCAGCGGUUUCCAUGGCUGUACAUAAAAGCUGACACGCCUAAAGGUCGAGGUGUAUUUGCAACCAAAAUCAUUCCCGCAAAGACUGUGAUUGAAGUCUGUCCUGUCCUGAUUCUGGGCUUGGAUGAGAACAAAACCCACGUCGAGCACACAUCGUUGUAUCACUACACAUAUAACUGGCCGACGAUCGACUCUGAUGGCAACAAGCGAGUGGCCCAAGCCGUCAUCUUGGGUCUAGGGUCGAUGUUCAAUCAUUCGACCCAAGAUCAGAAUGUUGUAUGGGAACGAGACCCAGAACGCCUCAUCAUCACAUACAAAGCAUUGCGUGAUAUACCAGUUGGCGAGGAGCUUUGUAUCUCGUACGGGAGUCACCUUACGUUCAAAGACGCCGAUGCACCAGUCGCUCCGCCACCCGAAGAAGAAAUGUUCGAGCUGUUCAAUGCAAUCCAGAUCGAUUGA